AUGAAGAAAGCCUCAACUUGUCAAGAGACGAAGAAGAAAAAAAAGGAAAAAUUGUUCUUAACAGAUGCGGGAUCAUUUUGCACUUUAAAUGCGGAGAAAGUCAUGUGUAAGUGCGAUGACGAGUGGACUGGUGACACGUGUAACAUCCCUUGCAAAAAGAACUGUACUCAGGGAAAAUGUGUCAUUUUCCUCGGAAACGAGACGUGCCAGUGUCCGAAUGGCUUCACUUCAGAAUCCAACUGUACGGAAAAAAAGCCGAAAAGCGAAGUCGAUGACAGCAAAAAUGACAUGUUCACCUCACCAAUAAUUAUCUUCCUCUUUGUCUUACCCGUUGUUUUGCUUUUGGUCACCGCCUUGCUUAUUUAUGUAAUAUGGCGAAAAAGGGUGAUUUUCGUUAUGAAGAUCAUUUAUUACCUUCAGAAAUACGAAGACACAGACGGUAAAUUAUACGAUGCCUUUAUAUCUUUUCGUUCCUCGAAGAUUGAUGAGUUUUGGGUCCUGCAGACAUUGUUCCCAAAGUUGGAAAAUGAAAUGGGUUUCAAAAUCUGCGUCCAUUUCCGGGAUUUUCUUGUUGGGGAGACAAUCUCGAAUAACAUAAUCGACGCCAUUGAGAAAAGCCGCAGAACAAUUCUAGUUGUCUCCCCUGACUAUAACAGCAAGCAGACGCUUUCCCUCUUACUGCCUAUCUAUCUCUCUGGUCGACUGCUUGUCAACUACUUCACCCAGUUCUAA